UUUGCGAAAUUUCUUCCGGAGCUCUCCUCGCAAGCAAUGGCGACUGCUGAGUACCGCACAAACUACUAUGGACAAGAGCUUGUAGAAGAAGACAAUGACCUUGACAUUUCGAUUGGCCAGUAUAGGCCUGUAUAUGAUGAAGCUCAACCAGCAAUGAUUGACGAGGCGACAUUGGUCGCCAUGCAACAAAAAAUGGCUCAACAAGCGGCUUUUGCACAAAUCCCGGAUGCUGUGAAACGGUUCAUCUUGCACUUCCACCAGUCAAUACUUGAUGGAAAUGUUUCUGAAAUCAGCGCCGCAUAUGAAAGUGGUUGGAACAAACUAACAGAAAAGUACUACGCAAAAUCCGAGUGGCCUGAUGCCGAACUCUUCGCCCCCUUGGUCAACGAUGAUCAAGUCUUCCUUACCUUAUACCGUGAAUUAUACUAUCGUCACGUUUAUUCCCGCCUCUCCCCUAAUAUCGAUGACCGCUUCCAUUCCUACGAGAACUCUUGUGAACUGUUCAACUACGUCUUGAAUUCUGAUGGACCCGUUCCCCUGGAACUGCCUGAUCAAUGGCUGUGGGACAUUAUCGAUGAAUUCAUAUAUCAGUAUCAAAGCUUCUGCGUUUGGCGCUCUAAAGUAAAGAACAAAAAUGACGAGGAAAAGGCUAUGCUUGCGGACGGUUCCCAGAUAUGGAGCACCUAUAGUGUGCUUAACGUCCUAUACUCGCUCAUCCAAAAGUCGAAGAUAAAUGAAAACCUAGCUGCUGCACACCGCGGCGCUUCAGCGGAAGAGAUUGCAGGAAUUGUCGGUGAAUUCGGUGUUCGGCCACUAUAUCGAACGCUAGGAUACUUCAGUUUGAUUGGUUUGCUUCGUGUCCACACACUCCUUGGGGAUUACACGCUAGCUGUGAAAGUGAUGGACAACAUUGAAUUAAACCCAAAAGCUUUCUUCAUGCGUGUUACUGCAUGUCAUGUCGCAACCUACUAUUACGUGGCCUUUUGCUAUCUUGCUUUGCGGCGAUAUCCCGAUGCAAACAGAACACUUGUGAACGUUCUGAAUUUCAUUUCGCGGAUGCGGCCUUAUCAUACCCGGAGCUAUCAGUAUGACCAGAUAAAUAAAACGGCAGACCGCAUGUAUGCCCUGUUAACAAUCGGUAUCUCCCUCUCUCCGACUCGUUUAGACGAGAACACAAUGAUCGGUUUGAAAGAGCGAUGUGGCGAUCAAUACGCAAAGAUGCAGAGAGGGGAAGAAGGUCUUUCUGCUUUCGAGGAGUUAUUCUUAUACGCCUGCCCCAAAUUCAUUACCUCAGUAUCACCGCCUUAUGAGGACCCCGACCUUCUAGCCCUGUACAUUAAGGACCCGCCCGUCGAUGCCCCUCAAAGGCAUCUGGCCCUCUUUAUGACGGACGUCCGCGCAAAACUCUCGGUUCCCACAUUGAGGAGCUUCUUGAAACUUUAUAGCUCUCUUGAUGCUAAGAAGCUUGCCAACUUCCUCGAUGCCAACGAGGAAGAAAUUGUGCAACAGAUGAUGGUCUUAAAGCAAGCGAGUCGAAGUAUUGGGCGUGCAGGCCUUGAUGGGGGUCGCCUUCUUGAUGGAGAAAUGAUUUCUACGAGUGACUUAGACUUCGCCAUUAACGAGAACAUGGUUCAUAUCGUAGAGUCAACCAUCGGACGGCGAUAUGCUAGUCUUUUUAUCAAAAAUACAGAAUACGCACAACGCAUUUUCGAUCAUCUCCGGAGCAGCCCCCUUCCCAUCUCCAAAUCUACGUUGACCACUGUUGAGCCAAUACCUGCGGCGCCCCCACAACCACCGAAGCCCAAGGUUGCUUGGGCGAAGUAGUCCGUAUCGAAAUAUGUCGGCACAGUCAUUCCAACCGAUUGAUUAUUACAUGAUUUCAUUCCCCGAUAUCGAAAACUCUUUCAUCAGACAGUCACAGUACCUUUCAUGACUUGUACUGCGCGCCCGCUAAGCCAGAUCUUAUCAAUGGCUCGACCCUUGCUUGAAUCCAGUUUCGGAAGCACAUCGACU